GUGGGUAGCAGUCUUGGCCAGAUAGAAGAUCAUCGACCAUUCGACUUCGCAGGUCGCACGAACAUGAACAGACAUUGCGGGGUAUUGAAUCGAGGUCGUGCACAGACGCCGCCCGUUCGGCGCCACCGGCUCGCACCUUUCACUGCCGCGUCCCCGGUAGUGGUGGCGUUUUACGCCAACGUUCUUGGGACCCCCACCGUCCAAUGGGUGCCAUCGCUCGCACGACGGACGCCUUUGACUACCAAGUAGGUGGUAUCUCCAGAGCCGGCAGAGAGGCUCGGAUGGCCGCAAGGUCACUGGCGUCAUCGGUCCCCGGAUUAGGUGGGCAGUCAAAACCAGAUUGACGCAAGGA